AUGGAUUCGAAGUUCACAAUCAAAGUAAAUCAUACAGGUUCUUUUGUCCCCAAACCGAUUGUGUAUUUCAAUCCAGUAAAAAUGGUUGUUAGCAAUGUCGAUUUCAGAAGCAUGAGCUUCGUGGAGUUCAUCUCGUAUGUGAAGAACUUGGUCAAGGAUGGAACAAUCAAUGUGUACUAUUGUCUUCCACAACGUUCACUGAGAGAUGGGUUAAGAGUCUUGGAAGAUGAAAAUGAUUAUGUUCGUUUCCUUGAUGUUGGGUAUGAGAAUGGGGGUAUGAUCAAUUUGUACAUUGAUCACAGUCAAUAUCCAGUUAUGGAGUGGAUUGAAGAAGAGAUAGCUGAAGAUGGAUCAGUAGAUGGUAAUACGGAUGAUGAUGAUGAUGUAGACUCUGAUCUUUCAGAUGAUGAGUUCGUGGAGCAUGAGCCUGAUGAUGAAGUGAUACAACUACAGCCAUCUGAUGAUCCUUUCAUUAGAAGAAAAUUUUUCAAGCCUCCAAGAAUUGUGGAUGAUGAGAAAGAUGAUAAGAAAGAUGUCAAGAAAAAUCUUCAUAAGUAUCCAGUUCAUGAUCCUAACCAAAAAUGGGAUACAAUGUCUCCAAUCUUAGGUAUGAAAUUCUGUGAUCGUUAUGAACUUAAGCAUUUGUUAAGUAAUUAUGCUGUUGCUAAUGGGUAUAAACUGUGGUAUGAAAAAAAUGAUUCAACAAGAUUAUUAGUUAGAUGUUGCAAAGGUGAAGAGAAGUCUAAAUGCCCUUUUAGGUUGUGGGCAACUUGGAUGAGUAAAGAAAGAUCAUUUCAGAUUAAGUCCUUAAUCUCUGAACAUAAUUGUAGUAGGGCCUUAAAUUUAGGUUCAAUGGUCACAUAUAGUUGGAUUGGAAAACAGUUAAUAGAAACCAUAAUAGAUAAUCCAAGAAUUAGUUACAGGAAAAUGGCAGCAGCAGUCCUUAGAGAUUUUAAUCUAAAAGUUAGUUUUGGACAGUGUAGAAUUGCCAAAAAAUUUGCAAUGGAUGAGAUAGAAGGGAGCUUGGUGGCACACUAUGAAAAGCUUAGAAGUUAUGGUUUGGAAUUAUUGAGGACUAAUCCAGGUUCCACAGUGAAAUUGGAUGUGGAUAUCAUGCCUGAUUCUACAGUCCAUUUUUCUAAGAUGUAUAUUUGCUUGAAGGCUGUGAAGGAUGGUUGGAUUGAGGGGUGUAGAAGAGUGAUUGGUGUAGAUGGAUGUUUUUUAAAGGGACUUUGUAAAGGUGAGGUAGUUUCAGCUGUUGGUAGGGAUGCUAAUAACCAUAUGUAUCCUCUAGCAUGGGCUGUUGUACCAGUUGAAAAUAAGACAAAUUGGAAAUGGUUUUUGGAUCUAUUACUUGAAGACAUUGAUAUGGGACAAGGUAGAGGACUAACCAUCAUAUCUGACCAACACAAGGGACUGAUUGAAGCAGUUAAGGAAAGAGUGCCAGAAUGUGAGCAUAGACAAUGUGCCAGGCAUGUUUAUGCCAACUUCAAGAAAAAAUUCUUAGGAGCUGAAUACAGGAGACUUUUCUGGUUUGCUGCCAAGGCUACAACAACCACAAAAUUUGAAGACAUCAUGAAGGAGAUCAAACUGAUUGACAAUACUGCCUAUGAACACCUGAUGGAAAAAAACCCAAACACAUGGUCCAGGGCAUUUUUUAGGGAAGAUAGUGGUAGUGAUGCCAUUGAAAAUGGUGUAUCAAAGUUUUGGGGAGUAAUUCCAAGUGGUUUUCAUCAAUAUGAGAGUAGAUGGUUGAAUGAGGUGUAUGUAGUUGACUUACAUAAAAGAACAUGUGGAUGUAGAUCAUGGCAGCUGACAGGUAUACCAUGUGUACAUGCUAUUUCCGCAAUCUUGUGCUUGAAUGGGAAUAUAGAGGAGUAUGUAGCAAAUUGGUACACAACACAAAUGUUUGGAAGCUGCUACAAGUAUAAUGUUAAGCCAAUUAAUGGACAUGAAAUGUGGCCAGCAAAUGAUAUGAAUACCAUCUUACCACCAAAGCGUAGAAGAUUGCCUGGAAGACCAAAGACAAACAGGAAGAAAUGCAUUUCAGAAAGAAGUGACAGACACACUGUCAGCAAAGUUGGGACCACUUCUAAAUGUAGUUUAUGUUCCCAACCAGAGGAACAUAAAACUUCGGUUGAGGAGGAAGGUGGUGACCAAGGAUGA